CCGCUCGGUUUCCGGGAGUCGGCGGCGAUGGCGUCAUCACCGAGCGCCGGGCCUACGGCAGCGCGGAGGCCGGCUGUGUGAGCAGGAAACAUGCUGAGCCGGCUUCAGGAACUGCGCAAGGAGGAGGAGACGCUGCUGCGAUUGAAGGCGGCCCUGCACGACCAGCUGAACCGCCUCAAGGUUGAAGAAUUAGCCCUCCAAUCAAUGAUCAGUUCUAGAAGAGGGGAUGAGAUACUGUCUUCUCAAACUGUACCUGAACAGUCACAUGAUAUGUUGGUGCAUGUAGACAAUGAAGCAUCAAUCAACCAAACGACACUGGAGUUGAGCACAAAGAGUCAUGUGACAGAAGAGGAGGAAGAGGAAGAGGAAGAAGAAUCAGAUUCCUAAAGGAGGGGAAAAACCAGGGUCCCUUAUACAAAUUGCAUUUCUAAGUCUCAGACUACUUCUCUUCAAGGAAAUCAUUUUGCCCUGGGCCCUGUGGCCUGCUUGAAAGGAAAGCAAGAACUGUAAGAAGGAUGUGUAGUUGCAGAAAUAGUUCCAUCAGUAACUCAAGCUUCAGAAUGUUAUAACAUGCAGAAAAUCAAAGAUGCUUUGUCAGCGUUGAGCAAUAUGGAUGGUGCUGUCUGUGAUCUGAUCAGAUUCAGUAAUUGUUGAAAACAAAAUUUGCUCUCAAAUUUUGAUGAGAAAGUCUGGCAUUUACAGAAAGGGCAGUUUAAAUACAAGCCAGCCUUUCUACCCAACAAUGCCUCUUUUAAGAAAAGUAAAGGCUGUUUGCAUGCCGCUGAACCCUUGUGAGAAGUUAGGCCACAGUCUAGGGCAAAAAGAUGACCAGGGGAAGGACUGAGGGCCAUCUGAGAGCACAAGCUGUUGCUCCCUGUCAGAGGCACUGAAACAUUGCAUGCUA